AUGGCCAUCAGCCCUGCUGAGAGGCUGUCUCAGGAAGAGUGGUGCCUGUUAGCUGCUCAUGGCUAUUUUGAGAUCCUCCUGGGACAUAGUGUGAUCCUGGCAGUCCCAGAAGCUGAGAUAUUUAUGGUUGAAGGCACUGAGUUUCUUGUCUCUGUUUUCCUUGCAGGUGUGUUACUAGACAUCCAGCAGCACUUUGGAGUCAAAGACAGUGGGGCUGGCUUAUUACAGACAGUUUUCAUCUGUAGUUUCAUGGUUGCGGCGCCUAUCUUUGGUUACCUUGGUGACCGUUUCAACAGAAAGAUCAUUCUCAGCUGUGGGAUCUUCUUCUGGUCAGCUGUCACUUUUUCAAGCUCCUUCAUCACUGAACAGUAUUUCUGGCUUCUUGUGCUCUCACGAGGUUUGGUUGGCAUCGGUGAAGCAAGUUACUCCACUAUUGCACCAACCAUCAUAGGAGACCUUUUCACCAAAAACACAAGGACCCUUAUGCUGUCUGUUUUCUACUUUGCAAUUCCUCUUGGCAGUGGCUUGGGAUACAUCACUGGGUCAAGUGUGAAGCAGGUUGCUGGAGACUGGCACUGGGCGUUGCGGGUAUCUCCACUCCUGGGAAUGAUAACAGGGACACUCAUCUUGAUAUUUGUACCUGCUGCUAAAAGAGGAAACGUUGAACAACUUGGGGGACAGCUGAAGGCUCGGACCUCAUGGCUGAGAGACAUGAAAGCACUGAUUAGAAACCGCAGCUACGUGUUCUCAUCAUUGGCCACCUCAGCUGUCUCCUUUGCCACAGGGGCACUUGGCAUGUGGAUCCCUCUCUACCUUCACAGAGCACAGGUCGUGCAGAAGACAGCAGAGACCUGCAGCUCACAGCCCUGCAGCACCAAAGAUAGCUUGAUCUUCGGAGCAAUCACAUGCUUCACUGGUUUCCUGGGUGUAAUCACAGGGGCUGGGGCAACCAAAUGGUGCCGGUUAAAAACCCAGCGAGCUGAUCCUCUUGUCUGUGCUGUUGGCAUGCUAGGAUCAGCCAUCUUCAUCUGUCUGAUCUUCGUUGCUGCCAAGAGCAGCAUUGUGGGAGCCUAUAUUUGCAUUUUUAUCGGAGAAACUCUUCUGUUUUCAAACUGGGCUAUCACAGCAGACAUACUAAUGUAUGUGGUCAUUCCAACGCGCCGUGCAACCGCAGUGGCCUUGCAGAGUUUCAUUUCACACCUCCUGGGAGAUGCUGGCAGUCCUUAUCUGAUUGGAUUUAUCUCAGACCUGAUACGACAAAGCACAAAGGAGUCCCCAGUCUGGGAGUUCCUCAGCUUGGGGUAUGCACUCAUGCUCUGCCCGUUUGUCGUUGUCCUAGGAGGGAUGUUUUUCCUGGCCACAGCCCUCUUCUUCCUAAGUGACCGAGCCAAAGCUGAACAACAGGUGAAUCAACUUGUGAUGCCACCAGCCUCUGUGAAAGUCUGAGACGUUGCCAGUGAAGGAAAUGACAUAUGGACUGCUGCUCCCACCACCACCGCACCAAUCUCAAGCUCGAAGCCCUUCCGUACUGAAAACCAGUGGAUCCUUCAGCU